AUGGCGCGGUGGUUGUCAUUCUUUGCGGAAUACAACUUUACGGUCGAGUACAAACCAGGACGACUCAAUGUUGUCGCUGAUGCACUCUCACGUCGUCCCGACUUUGAAACAGUCGUGGAACCCAACGGUGAGACAGUCACUGUUGCGGUUAUGACGUCCUCAGUCCCAUCUACAACGUUGUAUGAUGAUGUGAGGCGGGCAUACGCCCAAGAUGCCGUUUCUGGUGACACACCACGUGUUGUCAUUCCAGAUGAUACUGAUCUGCGUUUGCGGAUCAUGUUCGAGUAUCACGAUGCUCCUAUAGGAGGACAUCGUGGCCGGGAGAAAACGUAUCUCACGGUGAGUCGAGACUUUUACUGGCCCCGCCAGUAUCAGUUCGUGCGAAAGUAUGUUCGCGUAUGCGAAGUCUGCCAACGAGUGAAGUCAAGCCCUUCACUGCGUGCACCUUUACAGCCUCUACCGGUUCCGGCUGAAUUCAUCAAAAUGGUACACCUUGUGGCUGUACCAGAGACAAUCACGGCAAGUGGCUGUGCUUGUGUCUUUAUUGACACUACCUUCCGACUUCAUGGGUUGCCCCGUGAACUCGUCUCACACAGAGAUCCACGAUUCACUGCUGAUUUCUGGCGUUCCGUGUUCAAAUCACUCGGAACGCGCUUGAAGAUGUCAACAUCUGAUCAUCCAGAGUCAGAUGGUCAGACGGAACGUGCCAAUCGUGUCCUUGAAGAGAUACUUCGAGGAUACGUACACUCCUUUAAGAGUUGGAGUGAGUUUUUGCCAAUGGUAGAGUUUGCCAUUAACAACUCGGUGCAUGCGUCCACGACACAUACACCGUUUUACGUGAAUGGCUUACUCCAUCCGCGUGUGCCCACCUUACUAGAGUGUAACUCUGGUUUAAGGGGGGGAGGGACUCGCGCGAGCAAAAACCGAUUUGGUCCACGCUCAUCACGCUCUGACGAAGAGUUCAUUGCGUUUGAUGCCGAUAUCGAUAACAUCAAUAUCGAAGAAGAUGAUGCCAGUGAGAGUGCGGAAGCCCUCACUGAAGAAGAUGAUGCCAGUGAGAGUGCGGAAGCCCUCACUGAAGAAAAGGUUGAUGUUGCUGCAGUGCGCUCACAGCGCACUGAAGCUAACGAGUCAUCAGAUGAGUUCAUACUGGCUCGUGAAACGGUAGUCCGUUUUGUGCAAGACUCCAUCGCCGAAGCGGUGGAUAAGCAAAAGCAAAACGCUGACAAGAAUGGAAGGGCAAACACUUUUUUAAUUAAUAAAGGUGACUUAGUCCUACUGUCUACGGUUAAUCUACCAAAGCAUGUAGUGACUAACUUGGGUAGCAGUAAACUACUACCCAAGUACAUCGGCCAUUUCGUGUAUUGCACCGCCUAG